AUGUCUUCUAAAAACAUUCUGAGGAAGCCCAAUGAGAAGAAGAAGUUCAAAGGCACCGGUUGGAAGAUCAUCUUCUACAGCAAAGCAUUUCGCCGUGUCAAGGACACACGUGUUCCAAAUGGCAAAAUCGCCGGAACCGGCGCGACGCAAGCUGACAUUGGCUCAAUCGCCAAGUCUGCACGCUUCGAUAGCGAUGGUAACUGGCGGCUUCAGGUGUACGAGGUUCCAAUGGCGGAAAUUGAUAAGAAAACACAGAGCAGUGUCUUGAGCGCCGGUAUGGUCGUCCCAACGAGAGGACCUGGAUAUCAGAGCUACAAGGUGACUGCGGUCACUGCGAGCGCUGCACAGGUGACACCAGCGCCAGCGCCAGCGCCAGCGCCCAGCGGAGGGGAGGUGGAGGAAGAUGAGGAUGAUGAGUAA